UCCUUGGUUCUCAAGACAGAGCACACAUGGCCACGGUGUGCUCUUGAGUACUUAACUUCUUGCUGUUUCAUUACCAGUAUUUCUUCCCCCCUACUUUGUGGGUUUCAUCCUUACACCAAGGUGAUCGGCUAUGGAGCUUUACCCUGGAUACCUUGACGAUCAUUUCAGCAUCCUCAAGCUCAGAGGAGGGUCGGCGGCCCCCGGCGGCGGCUACAUGCCCAUGCCCUCCGCGGCGGCGCCCAUGGGGAUCUACGACCGCCGCCACCACCACCCGCUCGCCGACGCCGGAGCCGCCGUCUGGGCCGAACCGUUCAGGUACAUGGCCUCCGGCUCCGGGGCGGCGCACGGCGUGGAGCUGGCCGAGCCCAAGUUCGAGCCGCAUCCGAUGGCGCCGCACGACGUCCACGACCUCGCGCUGCACGAAGGUGCUCACAUGCCGGCCCUGCCGUCGCCCGACAGCUCCGACGACCAGGAGCCCGCCAGGCCGGGACACAAGAAGGAGCGAAGGCUCGCGCAGAACAGGGAGGCCGCCCGCAAGAGCCGGCUGCGCAAGAAGGCAUACAUCCAGAACCUGGAGACGAGCAAGAUGAAGCUGGCGCGCAUGGAGCAGGAGCUCCACCGGGUCAGGCAGCAGGCGCUCUACGCAGCCGGCACCAGCACAACCCACCCCGGUCUACCGCUACCAUCGUCCUUCGAUCCAGUCGUGGCGGCGUUCGAGAUCGAGCACGCGCGCUGGGUGGAGGAGCAGAGCCGGCAGACGCGGGAGCUGCGGGCGGCGCUGCAGCAGCAGCACCCGGACACGCCCGAACCGCGGCUGCGCGCGCUGGCCGAGGCCGGGCUGGCGCACUACGACCGCAUGUUCCUGGCCAAGGCGGCGGCGGCCCGGCGCGACGUCUUCUUCGUCAUGUCCGGGGCGUGGCGGCCGGCGGCGGAGCGCUUCUUCCUCUGGAUCGCGGGGUUCCGGCCCUCGGACCUGCUCAACGUGCUGGCGCCGCAGCUGGGGCCGCUCGCCGAGGAGCAGCGGGCGAAGGUGGCGCGGCUGCGGCAGACGGCCAGGCAGGCGGAGGACGCGCUGUCGCAGGGCAUGGACAAGCUGCAGCAGUCGCUCGCCGACUCCCUGCUGCUCUCGGCGGCGACGGACCAAGAAGAUGAUGAAGGCUUCGACGACGGGGCCGGCUCGUACUCGUACUCGUACGUGGCGCGGCGGAUGGGGGGCGCCAUGCGCAGGCUGGAGGAGCUCGCCGGCUUCGUCGAGCAGGCGGACCACCUCCGGCAGGAGACGCUGAGGAACAUGUACAGGAUCCUCACGCCGCGCCAGGCCGCCGUGGGGCUCCUCGCGCUCGGCGACUACUCCCAGCGACUCCACGCGCUCAGCACGCUCUGGGCGGCGCGCCCGCGCGAGCCCGUGUAACGGAGAAGAAGCUCGUGUCAGAACUCAGAAGAAGCUGCGACUGCCUGCGCGGUGCGCGCCGGUAAUGACCCGCAUUGAUCAGAUCGUCGUCGUCGUCGUCGCGAAGGAGAUGGAAUCAUGGAACUGGGUUCCUCGCUGCAUUCGUACUUCGUAGGAAGAACAAUUUACGUGCGUGUGUGUGCUGAUCGAGGCGACGAAUUUGAAGAAGCACUGAAACAGCAUCUUGAUCAUCAAGACAUUCAGACUGACAGAUGAAGGAUCCCUAUCUGUAAAUAUAUACUGUAGUACUCUACUAGUGCUUGGUUUGUGGAGUAAAUAGACACUGUUGAUUGCUCGCAUCUGUUCGUCGGAUUAAGGCGUCUACGUGUGCGUGUGUGUGACACGAUUUCCGUAUGUAAGUAUGCCGUAGCACGUUGCAAAUGUACAACACUUUUAUAGUUUUGUUACAGUAGGCUAUACAGUGUUCGCACUGGUACGA